GACUUAAAUACAAUUAAAUUGAUCGGCUUAUGAGUGAAGAGGCAGUUGUUAUUUUCAUGCUUCGUCAACGAUGGUUAUCGUUACUCGGGGUGACUACAUUUGGAUAGAACCAGUAUCGGGAAAUGAAUUUGAUGUCGCAAUUGGUGCUAGAGUUGUAUCGGCCGAAGGACGUCGAAUACAAGUACGAGAUGACGAUGACCGUGAAAUAUGGCUUACGCCAGAACGGCGUAUUAAGGCCAUGCAUGCAACAUCCGUACAAGGAGUGGAGGAUAUGAUUAGUUUAGGUGAUUUACAUGAAGCUGGAAUUUUAAGAAACCUUUUAAUUAGAUAUAAUGAAAAUUUAAUUUAUACGUACACUGGUUCAAUUCUCGUUGCUGUCAAUCCAUAUCAGAUAUUACCAAUAUACACAGCAGAUCAAAUAAAAUUAUAUAAAGAACGUAAAAUUGGUGAAUUACCUCCACACAUAUUUGCAAUUGGUGAUAAUUCAUAUGCACAUAUGCGUCGUUAUGGACAAGAUCAAUGUAUUGUAAUAUCUGGAGAAUCUGGUGCUGGUAAAACCGAAAGUACAAAAUUAAUAUUACAAUAUUUAGCUGCAAUUAGUGGAAAACAUUCAUGGAUUGAACAACAAAUAUUAGAGGCUAAUCCAAUUUUAGAAGCAUUUGGGAAUGCAAAAACUGUACGAAAUGAUAAUUCAUCACGUUUCGGCAAAUAUAUUGAUAUACAUUUUAAUAGUCAUGGUGUUAUUGAAGGAGCGAAAAUUGAACAAUAUUUAUUAGAAAAAUCUAGAAUAGUGUCACAAAAUCCAGAUGAACGUAAUUAUCAUAUAUUUUAUUGUUUAUUGGCUGGAUUAAGUAAAGAAGAUAAACAAAAAUUGGAUUUAGGCGAUGCUAGUCAAUAUCGUUAUUUAACUGGGGGUGGAAGUAUCACAUGCGAAGGACGUGAUGAUGCUGCUGAAUUUGCUGAUAUUCGAUCUGCAAUGAAAGUAUUACUAUUUACCGAUCAAGAAAUUUGGGAAAUCAUUAAACUAUUAGCUGCUUUAUUACAUGUGGGCAAUAUUAAAUAUAAAGCAACCGUUGUAGAUAAUUUAGAUGCAACAGAAAUACCAGACGCCACAAAUGUCCAUCGUGUUGCACAAUUAUUAGGUGUUCCUGCUCAACCAUUAAUCGAUGCACUUACUCAAAAAACAUUAUUCGCUCAUGGGGAAACCGUUGUCUCAACAUUAUCAAAAGAACAAUCAGUGGAUGUGCGAGAUGCCUUUGUUAAAGGGAUCUAUGGACGUUUAUUUGUUUUAAUUGUCAAAAAAAUCAACAAUGCCAUAUUCAAGCCAAAAGCAUCAACACGAUGUGCAAUUGGAGUUUUGGAUAUAUUCGGUUUCGAGAAUUUUAGUCACAAUAGUUUUGAACAAUUUUGUAUAAAUUAUGCAAAUGAAAAUUUGCAACAAUUUUUUGUUCAACACAUUUUCAAAUUAGAACAAGAAGAAUACAAUUUGGAAGGUAUUAAUUGGCAACAUAUUGAAUUUGUGGAUAAUCAAGAUGCGUUAGAUUUGAUUGCAAUAAAACAAUUAAAUAUUAUGGCUUUAAUUGAUGAAGAAAGUAAAUUUCCAAAGGGUACCGAUCAAACAAUGUUAGCGAAAAUUCAUAAGACGCAUGGUACGCAUAAGAAUUAUUUAAAACCAAAAUCAGAUAUAAAUACAAGUUUUGGAUUAAAUCAUUUUGCUGGAGUUGUAUUUUAUGAUACUCGUGGGUUUCUCGAAAAAAAUCGUGAUACUUUUAGUGCAGAUUUAUUACAAUUAAUUCAUAUAUCCAAUAAUAAAUUUUUACAACAAAUUUUCGCUGAUGAUAUUGGAAUGGGAAGUGAAACUAGAAAACGUACACCAACUUUAUCUACACAAUUCAAAAAAAGUUUAGAUGCGUUAAUGAAAACUCUGUCAAGUUGUCAACCCUUCUUUAUUCGAUGUAUUAAACCCAAUGAAUAUAAGAAACCUAUGAUGUUCGAUCGAAAUUUAUGUUGUCGACAGCUACGUUACUCAGGAAUGAUGGAAACAAUUCGUAUACGACGUGCUGGAUAUCCAAUUCGACAUAGUUUUCGUGAUUUUGUUGAACGGUAUCGAUUUUUAAUACCUGGAGUUCCACCAAGUCAUAAAACUGAUUGUCGUUUAGCGACAAGCAAAAUUUGUGCUUCUGUAUUAGGCAGAACUGACUAUCAGUUGGGUCACACCAAAGUAUUUUUAAAAGAUGCACAUGAUUUAUUCUUGGAACAAGAAAGAGAUCGUGUAUUGACUAGAAAAAUUUUAAUUUUACAACGAUCAAUACGUGGUUGGGUAUAUCGUAGACGAUUCUUGCGAAUGAAAGCUGCUGCUAUGAUUAUUCAAAAGUAUUGGCAAGGAUACGCACAACGCCAGAGGUAUAAACGAAUGCGAGUUGGUUAUAUGCGCUUACAAGCGUUAAUUCGAGCACGAGUUUUAUCACAUCGCUUUCGACAUUUACGUGGCCAUAUUGUAGGAUUGCAGGCACAUUCCCGAGGAUUUUUAGUACGACGAGAAUAUGGUCAUAAAAUGUGGGCAAUUGUUAAAAUACAGUCACAUGUUCGACGUAUGAUUGCUCAACGACGAUUCCAAAAAUUGAAAUUUGAAUACAGGCAGCAUUUGGAAGCAUUACGCUUACGCAAGCUAGAAGAACGGGAGUUGAAAGAUGCGGGAAAUAAACGAGCUAAAGAAAUUGCUGAACAAAAUUAUAGGGAAAGAAUGUAUGAAUUAGAACGUAAAGAAAUGGAAAUCGAAAUGGAAGAUCGUCGGAGAGUUGAAGUUAAGAAGAAUAUAAUAAACGAUGCAGCCAGAAAGCAAGACGAACCUGUAGAUGAUUCAAAAUUAGUUGAAGCUAUGUUCGAUUUCUUACCAGAUAGUUCAAGUGAAGCACCAACGCCUGCUCGUGAAACUUCUGUAUUUAUGGAUUUACCAAAUAAUACGGAUCAACAAGAAAUCAUAUCACCAAUGCAAACACCUUCAGAGGAUGAAGAAGAUUUAAGUGAUUUUAAGUUCCAAAAAUUUGCUGCAACAUAUUUCCAAGGAAACAUCAAUCAUCAAUAUUCAAGAAAACCAUUAAAACAUCCUCUCUUGCCAUUACAUACCCAAGGGGAUCAAUUAGCAGCCCAAGCGUUGUGGGUUACAAUUUUACGUUUUACUGGUGAUAUUGCUGAACCAAAAUAUCAUACAAUGGAUCGUGACAAUACAUCGGUCAUGUCAAAAGUAACAGCAACACUAGGUCGUAAUUUUAUACGUAGUAAAGAAUUUCAAGAAGCACAAAUGAUUGGAUUGGAUCCAGAAUCAUUUAUGAAAACAAAACCACGAUCAAUUCGACAUAAAUUAGUUUCGUUAACACUAAAACGCAAAAAUAAGCUAGGAGAAGAUGUUCGAAGAAAGCUUCAAGAUGAAGAAUACACUGCAGAUAGUUAUCAAUCGUGGCUUGAAUCACGCCCUACAUCAAAUUUGGAAAAAUUACAUUUUAUUAUUGGACAUGGAAUUUUACGUGCUGAACUUCGUGAUGAAAUUUAUUGUCAAAUUUGUAAACAAUUAACAAAUAAUCCAUCGAAAUCUUCACACGCUAGAGGCUGGAUAUUACUGUCUCUCUGUGUGGGUUGUUUUGCUCCAUCAGAAAAGUUUGUAAAUUAUUUACGAGCAUUUAUUAGAGAAGGUCCACCAGGAUAUGCACCAUAUUGUGAAGAUCGAUUAAAACGUACAUUUAAUAAUGGAACACGAAACCAACCUCCAAGUUGGUUGGAGUUGCAAGCUACCAAAUCGAAAAAACCUAUAAUGUUACCAAUAACUUUUAUGGACGGUAAUACAAAAACAUUACUGGCUGAUUCAGCAACAACAGCUCGUGAACUUUGUAACCAAUUAUCAGACAAAAUUGCAUUGAAGGAUCAGUUUGGAUUUUCACUGUAUAUUGCGUUAUUUGAUAAAGUUUCAUCACUAGGAAGUGGUGGUGAUCAUGUUAUGGAUGCAAUCUCACAGUGUGAACAAUAUGCGAAAGAACAAGGGGCCCAAGAAAGAAAUGCGCCUUGGAGAUUAUUUUUCCGUAAAGAAAUUUUUGCUCCAUGGCAUGAUCCUACUGAAGAUCAAGUGGCAACGAAUUUAAUAUACCAGCAAGUUGUCCGAGGUGUUAAAUUUGGCGAAUAUCGUUGUGAUAAAGAAGAAGAUUUAGCUAUGAUUGCUGCUCAACAGUAUUUUAUUGAAUAUAACACUGAUUUAAAUGUCGAACGAUUAUUUUCUCUUCUUCCAAAUUACAUUCCAGAUUAUUGUUUAACUGGUAUCGAAAAUGCAAUAGAUCGAUGGGGUGCUUUAGUUGUACAAGCUUAUAAAAAGAGUUAUUAUUUAAAAGAAAAAGUUCCUCCGCUUCGUGUUAAAGAGGACGUAGUAGGUUACGCGAAAUUUAAAUGGCCAUUAUUAUUUUCACGAUUUUAUGAGGCAUAUCGAAAUUCUGGUCCCAAUUUACCGAAAAAUGAUGUUAUUAUAGCCGUUAAUUGGACUGGAGUUUAUGUCGUUGACGAUCAAGAACAAGUAUUACUCGAAUUAUCAUUCCCGGAAAUAACAACCGUGUCUAGCCAGAAAACAAAUAAAGUAUUUACACAAACAUUUAGUUUAUCAACGGUUCGAGGAGAAGAAUUUACAUUCCAAAGUCCAAAUGCAGAAGAUAUUCGUGAUUUAGUUGUAUAUUUUUUAGAGGGUUUAAAAAAGCGGUCAAAGUUUGUGAUUGCUUUACAAGAUUACAAAGCCCCAGGCGAAGGCUCCAGUUUUUUAACUUUUCAAAAGGGCGAUCUGAUUAUACUGGAGGAGGACAGCACAGGCGAGACAGUUUUAAAUUCAGGGUGGUGCGUUGGGCGUUGCGAACGUUCACAAGAAAAGGGUGAUUUCCCUGCAGAAACUGUAUAUGUUUUACCAUCAAUGUCGAAACCACCUAAUGAUAUUUUAGCGCUGUUUAGUCUUGAAGCGGCAGAUCAUGGUCGAAGACUUACUCAACAAUUUUCUGUAAAUGGGACCGAAAAUCGUGAUCGACCGCAUAAUUUAUCCGAAUAUGCACUAGAUCAUUUCCGUGCUCCAUUAAAAAGAACAAUGUCAAAAGCAUUAACUUUAACUUCAGCAAGAAGGGGGAAUAUCGAUGAUUUAUGGCGAUAUUCUCGAGACCCAAUCAAACAACCACUUUUAAAGAAAUUACUUGCAAAAGACGAACUAGUGGAAGAGGCUUGUUUUGCUUUCACUGCCAUUUUAAAAUAUAUGGGAGAUUUACCUUCAAAACGGCCUAGAAUUGGAAAUGAAUACACCGACGCAAUAUUUGAAAAACCUUUAAAACAUGAAAUAUUACGCGAUGAAAUUUAUUGCCAAAUAAUGAAACAGUUAACGGAUAAUACGAAUCGAUUAUCUGAAGAACGUGGAUGGGAAUUAAUGUGGUUAGCCACAGGAUUAUUUACCUGCAGUCAAAGUUUAUUAAAAGAACUUACCUUAUUUUUACGCACACGACGUCAUCCAAUAUCCCAAGACUCCUUGCAUAGAUUACAAAAAACAUUACGUAACGGUCAACGAAAAUACCCACCACAUCAAGUAGAAGUUGAGGCUAUUCAACAUAAAACAACACAAAUUUUCCAUAAAGUUUAUUUCCCCGAUGAUACUGAUGAGGCAUUUGAAGUGGAUUCUAGUACACGUGCAAAAGAUUUCUGCCAAAAUAUUAGCCAAAGGUUAAACUUACGAUCAAGUGAAGGUUUCAGCUUAUUUGUAAAGAUAGCGGAUAAAGUAAUUUCCGUACCCGAAGGUGAUUUCUUCUUUGAUUUCGUUCGUCAUUUAACCGAUUGGAUUAAGAAAGCAAGGCCAAGUCGUGAUGGAGUUUCACCACAAUUUACAUAUCAAGUAUUUUUCAUGAAAAAAUUAUGGACAAAUACCGUGCCAGGUAAAGAUGGCAAUGCUGAUUUAAUAUUCCAUUUCCAUCAAGAGUUACCAAAAUUGUUACGAGGUUAUCAUAAAUGUACGAAAGAGGAAGCAGCACGAUUAGCUGCUUUAGUUUAUCGCGUUCGAUUUGGAGAAAGUAAACAGGAAUUACAAGCAAUUCCUCAAAUGUUAAGAGAACUAGUGCCAGCCGAUUUAGUGAAAGUUCAAAGUGCUAAUGAUUGGAAAAGAGCAAUUGUAGCUGCGUAUAAUCAAGAUGCUGGACGUAGUCCGGAGAAUGCCAAAAUAACAUUUUUAAAAAUAAUAUACAGAUGGCCCACAUUUGGAUCUGCUUUCUUCGAAGUAAAACAAACAACUGAACCAAAUUAUCCAGAAAUGUUGUUAAUUGCAAUUAAUAAACAUGGAGUCAGCUUAAUUCAUCCACAAACAAAAGAUAUAUUAGUAACCCAUCCAUUUACAAGGAUAUCAAAUUGGUCGUCGGGUAAUACAUACUUCCAUAUGACUAUUGGAAACUUAGUUCGUGGUUCAAAAUUAUUAUGUGAAACAUCAUUAGGAUAUAAAAUGGAUGAUCUCUUAACGUCAUAUAUUUCGUUGAUGUUAACCAAUAUGAAUAAACAAAGAAGUAUCAGAAUUAAAUAAUAGAAAUUUACGUGGAAUGGGUAGAUUGCUUUUAGAAUUUGACGUUUAUAGAUCUGCCCUGUAUUUAAAAUUUGACGAUUAUAGAUCUAGAUGCGGUAACUAAAAUAGUAAAGACAAGUUUCUAAAAUAUCUACUUAAGUAAGCAAAAACUGUACCAAGUUUAAAAGUUUUAACCGAAUUUAAAUUUGUUAGAAAAGAUUAACGAAUCCAUUUAUAAUGUGGGCUAUAUUAUGGUCAUAUAUAGAAAAUGGCUGGGACAUUUCAAAAAUAGAGACUUAUAGAAAUAACCUGGUCUCGAUAAUAAAUCUCUAAGGAAUCUCUAUAUUAAAUCAAAGUAUUAUAUUGAUUUGGUACUAUUCAAUUAUAUUUUGUGUUUGUUAAAGGCAAAGAAUUAACCACCGUUAUAAUUAAAAUAUGUUUACCCUCUCUGUAACUGCAUAUGACGCAAAAGUAAAAAAAUUGUCAUAAAAUAAAUACCUAAAUUUUUCUGGGAUUUGAACCACGUAUUUCUAAUUUAUUGUGCUACUGCUCUAAUUCCAAACUAGAUCAUUCAUCUAAUAAAAUGUAGAAGAGUAGAAAAUAUAACACUAAUUCGAGCAAAUAAUAGAUCCGCGCUUCAAACACUGUAAAUAUAUUAUUUUUCACACAUUCUAAAUUCAAAAUUAAUCCAUUAUUUAUAUAGCACGCAAAUUUAGUUCUUUCUUGUACGAUUAUUUGGUCCAGAUUCUUUCUUUUAUUCAUUUAAUUUCAAUAACGUUAAAUAUUACAUAACAUCUCUUUAUUACAUAAACAUGAAUUCGAAAAACCAUGUACCAUUGCAGUUGGUUCCCGGUGAAAUAAAAAUCCAUGAACAUAUUCAGUCUGGUAGAACGUAUUUACGUAAAAUAAAAAUGAUGAAUCUCACCUUUAGUAGUAUUCACCAGUCUAAAAUAUGCAGUCAUUUGAUUUUCUAUUGAUAACGAGGAGUUGCAAACCCGCCAACAGGCGAUAAUAAUUCGUACUAAUUAAAACAGGAAGUCAACCCGUUUUGAGUAGUUCGAAUUUAGACUAUCAGGCUACUUACCAUUUAUCAAUAGGCUUCUUGGAUGUUGAGUAUAUCUUGGAUGUACCUAUAGUGUAAUAAAUUUAACUAUACUACCAUUUUUUUAAAUUGAAAAAUAAAUUAGGUUAAAUGGCUUAAAAAACUGCAUUUAAGUGUUCUUACAUCUUUUUACAAUCAUUCUAUCUUUUUCUGUUUUGAAAUCACAGCAAAGAGGGUACAAAAAGAAAGACACGGUGUUUGUAAAAAGAUUUAAUAACACUUAAAUAGUCUAUUCCGACAUUUAAAAAUUUUUUUGAUCUGAUUUAUUUUUUAAAAAAGUAGCAAGAAAUGCAGCUUGCAUAUGCACUUUUGGCUGCUCAGUACGAAGUAUGGUGAAUCUAUUAUAUUUUAUACCACGAUUUGAUUAUGAGCAUAAAAAAAUUUACAAAUCCAUUUCUUAUUUUGCGUUCCAGUUCAUUUAACAAUAUGCCUUUUACUACUUAAACAUUCCAUUACAAUUUAACGAAUCUCAAAAUAAGCUUUUAGUAAUCUUAAGAGGAAGAAUUAUUCUCUGUUUAAAAUUCACAGGAUUCUAGAU